AGUAUCAACUUUUGUUGUUUUGAAAACGCAAACUUGAAUAGAAGGAACCUGAAUUUGAUUCGAAGAUCGUUUUAGUUCAUUGAAAAUGGGAAGAGGAAAAUUCAAGAGCAAGCCCACUGGUCGCCGCCAGUUUUCUACCCAGGAAGACAUUCUUGCUGGAACCACUAGCCGUCCUCGAACUUUUAGACAGAAAGAAGCUGAGAAUGAAGAGGAGCCCGAGGAAGUAUCCGGGGAUGAAUCUGGAGAAGAGUCUGAUCAAGAAACUAAAAAGAAAAAAGGAACUCAAGGGAUUAUUGAGAUUGAAAAUCCUAACUUGGUAAAGCCAAAGAACUUGAAAGCUAGAGAUGUUAAUGUUGAAAAGACAACCGAACUUUCAAGGCGUGAAAGAGAGGAGAUAGAGAAACAGAGAGCUCAUGAACGCUAUAUGAGGCUUCAAGAGCAAGGAAAAACAGAUCAAUCAAAGAAAGAUUUAGAACGAUUAGCUCUUAUACGUCAGCAAAGGGCAGAAGCUGCUAGAAAGCGAAAUGAAGAGAAAGCUGCCAAAGAGCAGAAGAAGGCUGAAAUGGCUGAAACACGCAAGUGAAUGUUGUGUGGCCUAAUCUUACUCCAAUUAGUAGGAUGAAAAUAUAUACUUUCACUACUUAAAUAUUUUGUCCAUUAACUUUAUAAUGGAUCUUAUUGUGUUACCAUACCAAGUUGGUAAUAUGUAAUGCAAUUAUUCCACCAUAAUGUGGCUUGAAAUCUUAUUAAAUAAACACUUUUCUUCACAU